GACACCCCCUCCCGCGAGCGCAGGGAGCUCAGCGGCCUCUGGAGCUUCCGCGCCGAUCUGUCUCCGGGCCGGGACGCCGGGUUCGCGCAGCGCUGGUACCGGCGGCCGCUCCGGCAGCCUUUUGGCCGAUUUUGUUGCCGGAUUGUGAGAGAAGAGGAGAGCUGAAGGGAACUGUGCUGCUGGAAGUUUUGCCAGAGGAGAGGAAUCCUGAAAUAUGCCCCCUCCAAGGAAAGCUUAGAUGAGUGCAUUCAACUUGUUCUAGAUCUCCCUGAAGGACACACGGGUUCUGGCCAGCUCAGGCAAAGGUUUUCCUACAUCACAUACUAGAAAAUCCUCUUCCCUACCCAAGGAUUUUCCCACUAGGAUUUUUUGAUAAGGGCACUGGGCUCUCUGCAGGGUCAGUGCUGAGUCAGCCAUGCACAUGAUGCCCACCCUGGGUGCCCAGACCUUCCUCAUUUCGUUUCCUGCGGCUUCCCCAGGAAAGGAGACGCUUUCCUUCUUUUUUUUUUUUUUUUUUUUUUUUUUUUUUUUUUUUUUUUUUUUUUUUUUUUUGUGCAACAUCCUGAGUGCAGAAUGUGCUGAAAAUGAUCAGCUCUGUUUGGCAGCAGCAUCUGGAUUUUUCAGUAUUCUAUGUACUGUGACACUGCCUCCCUCUAAUCUUCAUGUUGGAAUAAGCAACUGAAUGGAUCCUGUUGAAAUCCCAAGGAAUCUCUUUUGCUUUCAGUGAGAAAGGCUGAGCGUGUCCCAAACAGUCUCCACGGGGAGAAAAUUAUCCCAAAAUAUCCAUUACUGCCCAAAAUAUCUAUUAUUUUGUUACACUUUUACUACAGCUCUUAGCUGGCAAACAGCACCAAAAUCCCCACAUUGCUCUGGAGCUGUGCAGGAGAAAAUUCCCACUGAAACAGCAACCUUGGGUUUUUUCCCCCCUCACUUCUCCGAUUCCAUGAUGCCAGGGCCAUUAAUGAAAACAUUUAAUUGUACAGCAGGAGAGGAAGAGAAAGGAGCAGCUGCUUCCUGUAGGAGCAGGCAGGUUCCUGUGCCUGGUGCUAAUUAGGGUUUGUACAGGAGCUGUGAGAGAUCUCAGCAGUUUUUAAACAGCUUUUCCCAAGUAUUUCCCCUUGGUACAGGCAUUGUAAGGCUGUCAGGGGAAGGGGACACCUCCAGUAGUAAAAUUCCUCUUUUUAAACGCUCUGUUCCUUCCUUUUCCAUGCAAUUCCUGCCAGAGCGGCCCUGUGAUUGACAUGCCAGUGCCUGCCAGCUUCAACGACAUCACUCAGGACCCCCGCCUGGAGAAUUACAUCGGCUGGGUGUGGUACGAGAAGGAGGUGCUGCUCCCCCUGCGCUGGCUGCACGGCGAUCCCGCCCCCAGGGUGGUGCUGCGCUUUGGCAGUGCCCAUUACUACUCCAUCGUGUGGGUGAACGGGGUGCAGGUGAAGGAACACGAAGGGGGGCACCUGCCCUUUGAGGCUGACAUCAGCAGCGUGGUGCAGGGCAGCCCAGGCACCCUGUGCCGCAUCACCGUCGCCCUCAACAACACCCUGACCCCCCACACGCUGCCCCCAGGCUCCAUCCAGUACAUGGCUGACAAAUCAAGGUACCCUAAGAACUAUUUUGUGCAGGAGACCAGGUUUGAUUUCUUUAAUUAUGCUGGAAUCCACCGCCCAGUUGUGCUUUACACCACUCCUGCUGCCUACAUCGAUGACAUCACUGUGACAACCACUUCAUCAGACAGUGUUGGCACGGUGCAGUACCAGGUGUCAGUGGUUGGCAGCACAGCCAAUUCCUUGUCCCUGAGUUUACGUGACCGAGAGGGGAAGGUGGUUGCUACAGGUGAUGGUUCAGUGGGAGAGCUCAAAGUCCUCAACCCAAACCUCUGGUGGCCUUACCUGAUGCACGAGAACCCUGGAUACCUGUACUCCUUGGAGGUGAAGAUGCAGGCCCAGGUGGGCGAGGUGCUGCUGGAGGAUGUGUACACGCUCCCGCUCGGCAUCCGCACCGUGCACGUCACCAGCACCCAGUUCCUCAUCAAUGGCAGGCCCUUCUACUUCCACGGGGUCAACAAGCACGAGGAUGCAGAUAUCCGUGGCAAAGGCCUGGACUGGCCCCUGAUUGUGAAGGACUUCAACCUGCUGCGCUGGCUCGGGGCCAACUCGUUCCGCACCAGCCACUACCCGUACGCCGAGGAGAUCAUGGACCUGUGCGACGCCUACGGCAUCGUGGUCAUCGACGAGAGCCCGGGGGUGGGCAUCAAACUGCCCGAGAGCUUUGGGAACAAGUCCCUGCAGCAUCACCUGACUGUGAUGGAGGAGCUGGUCCAGAGGGAUAAGAACAGACCCUCAGUGGUCAUGUGGUCAGUGGCCAACGAGCCGGCGUCAGAGCUGCCCCCAGCUGCUCACUACUUCAAGACAGUGAUAGCUCACACUAAAGCUCUCGACCCCUCCAGACCAGUCACCUUUGUGACAGAUGCUAAUUACGCUCUUGAUCAUGGUGCUCCCUACGUGGAUGUGAUUUGUGUGAACAGUUAUUUCUCCUGGUACCACGACCCAGGCCACUUGGAAGUGAUCCCACUCCAACUCACAGCCCAGUUUGAGAACUGGUAUAAAACCUACCAAAAACCCAUUAUCCAGAGUGAAUAUGGAGCAGACUCAGUGCCUGGGCUGCACAGUGACCCCCCCAUGAUGUUCACUGAGGAGUACCAGCAGGCACUGCUCAGGGAGUACCACUCUGUCUUGGACAAGAAGAGGAAGGAGUACGUGAUCGGGGAGCUCAUCUGGAAUUUUGCUGAUUUCAUGACCAAUCAAGGGACCACACGAGUUUUGGGGAACAAGAAAGGAAUCUUCACCCGCCAGCGCCAGCCCAAAGCAGCUGCAUUUGUUCUCAGAGACAGAUACUGGAAGAUUGCAAAUGAAUCAAGCUGUCUUCCUCCUGUAAUCACAUCACAUUCCCUCUUCCUAAAGUGAAAAUAAAGGGUUGGG